UGCCACUCUCCAGGUUUGCUGGGUGCCUGCCGGUGAAAGAGAAGGGUUGAUAUUUUGCCCAGGCCCUUAGGUCCUGAACCAAAAUGGCAGCUGGAGAGUCCCCUCCCGUAGGAGAUGUCUUCAUCGACCUGCAGCAGGGCAGAGAUCGCGCAGAGAAAGCCUCUCCUGGUGCCGAGGACGAUGAGGACUUGGAUAAGACUUUGUCAAUCGAGAGAUUUGGGGACCUGAUAAGCAAGUCAGCAUCAAGCAAUCUGGAGAAGCAAAGACGCAGCUACAGUGAGAGAGAUUUUGAAUUCCACCGCCAAACCUCGCACCACAUCCAUCAUCCCCUUUCCACUCACCUCCCUUCUGCCUUCAAGUUCCAAAAGAGGCCACCCCGUGCCAGUAGGAGGAAAAAAAGGAGGAGGAAAAAGAAGAAAACCUCGGUACCCCCCUCGGAGGUCACCCCCACCAUCCAGGAAGAGGACGAGGAGGGGGGAGAAGAGGAGGAAGAAGAGGAAGAAGAAGAAGAGGAAGAAGGAGAAUCUGAGGCAGAGGAGGCCCAGGAGAAAGAGAUCUCUGCAGAGUCUGAGGGUGAAGCUCGUGGGAAGGACACGUCCCCUAAGCUGGAGCCCCCAAGCAAACCAAAGUUCACCAUCGGCAGUGAUGAGGAGGAGUCCAGCAGUGCUCUGGCCCCCGCGCAGUUCCACGUGGAGGAGGAGUGUGGCAUCCUGUCCCCCGUGCCACGCUUCGCCGACCUGCUGCAGGACAAGGGCCCUGCCUCCCUCCGCAGCCUCCCCGCACCUCGGGAACGUCUGUCUCGUGGGUGGGAGAAGCGCAAGCCCUGGGGCCAGGUGGUGAGCGGACAGCGGGUUACCUAUGACUUGAAGGAGAGGAUGUGCAUCGGCAGCAUGACCACGCUGGAGAGCGCGGCGUACCAGCGCGUCCCCACGGAUGAGGCUGAAGCCCAGAUGCUGGCGUCCGCUGACUUGGAUGGCAUGAAAAGCCACCGUUUUGAAGAUAACCCUGGUGUGAGGAGGCAUCUGAUGAAAAAACCAUCUCGGAGUCAGAUCACCAGGACAAGCAAAAAAUUAGCAUCAACUCCAUCUGUCAAGAAAAAGAAGAAGAAGAAGAAGUUGGAUAGAAAGCCCCAUGAGGUGUUUGUGGAGCUGAAUGAGCUGGUAGUGGAUAAGAACCAGGAGAUGCACUGGAGGGAGACGGCCCGCUGGAUCAAAUUUGAGGAGGAUGUGGAGGAGGACACAGCAAGGUGGGGGAAACCCCAUGUGGCUUCACUGUCCUUCCGCAGCCUGUUGGAGCUCAGGAAGACGAUUGCCCAUGGUGCCGUCCUCCUUGACCUGGAGCAGACCACUCUGCCUGGCAUUGCUCACCUCAUGGUGGAGACCAUGAUCAUCUCUGACCAGAUCAGAGCAGAAGACCGAGCCAACGUGCUGCGCGCCCUGCUGCUGAAGCACAGCCACCCAAAUGAUGAGAAAGAGGGCUUCUUCCCGAGGAACCACUCCAGCUCCAGCAUGAACUCCAUCGUGGGGAACCACCACCACAACCACACCACUGACACUUGUGUGCCCCUCAUGGGGGAAGAGCGCAUUGAGAUGGCCGACCCCAAGGCCAAUGAGACUGACUGCAAGGAGAAAAACCCUCAUCUCCAUAACUCUGAGGGACACCGUAAAUAUCUGAAGCUGAUGGAGAAGAUCCCUGAAGACGCGGAGGCCACAGUGGUCCUUGUGGGUUGUGUGCAGUUCCUGGAGCAGCCAACUAUGGCCUUUGUCCGACUAAAUGAGGCUGUCUUCCUGGAAUCUGUCUUGGAGGUCCCGAUUCCUGUCAGAUUCAUCUUUGUGCUGCUGGGACCAAGCCAGGCCAACAUGGACUACCAUGAAAUUGGCCGCUCAAUCUCCACCCUCAUGUCCGACAAGCACUUCCAUGAGGCUGCAUACAUGGCAGAUGACCGUCAAGACCUCCUCAACGCAAUCAAUGAGUUUUUGGACUGCAGCAUUGUCAUCCCCCCGUCGGAGGUGGAGGGGAAAGACUUGCUCAAAUCCAUUGCCACCUUCCAGAAGUUGCUGCUGAGGAAGAGGAAGGAGAGGGAGCAGAAGUCCAUGAAGGAGGGGGCUGUCCAGGAAGCCAAAGGUCUCUCCACUCACAUUUGGGCAAAAGAGUUUGAAGCUGAGGACGACCCUUUGAAGCGGACCGGGAUAUUUUUUGGAGGUCUGGUUCGGGACAUAAAGCGCAGGUACCCCAAAUACCUCAGUGACAUCAGAGACGCCUUGCACAGCCAGUGUCUCGCGGCCGUUCUCUUCAUCUACUUUGCUGCUCUCUCUCCUGCCAUCACCUUCGGGGGACUCCUAGGAGAGAAAACUGAGGGUCUCAUGGGGGUCUCCGAGCUGAUAAUCUCCACCUCGGUUUUAGGGAUCCUCUUCUCCCUGCUCGGAGCCCAGCCGCUCCUGGUCAUUGGCUUCUCAGGGCCUCUGCUGGUGUUUGAAGAAGCUUUUUACAAGUUCUGCCAGACACAAGGCAUUGAAUAUCUGACAGGCAGAGUGUGGAUUGGUUUGUGGCUCAUCGUCUUCAUCUUCAUUAUUGUGGCAGCUGAGGGAAGCUUCUUGGUGCGCUACAUCUCGCCCUUCACCCAGGAGAUCUUUGCUUUCCUCAUCUCUCUCAUCUUUAUCUACGAGACCUUCUACAAACUGUACAAGGUGUUUGCAGAACAUCCUCUGCUGAAGUUCUACCCACCAGAUGUGCAGAGCGGCCUGAAUGCCAGCAUGCUCCCCGCGGAUGCAAUGUCGCUGGGAAUCAGGAUGCAGCCCAACACUGCUCUCCUCUCCCUCAUCCUCAUGCUAGGCACCUUCUUCAUUGCCUUCUUUAUGCGCAAGUUCAAGAACAGCCGUUUCUUAGGAGGAAAGGCUCGGCGGAUCAUUGGAGACUUCGGGAUCCCUAUCUCCAUCCUGGUCAUGGUGCUGGUGGAUUACACCAUCACUGACACAUACACACAGAAGCUGAAUGUCCCCUCUGGCCUGUCGGUCACAUCUCCUCACAAGCGUGGCUGGUUCAUUCACCCCAUGGGCAGCAGUGGGACCUUUCCGAUGUGGAUGAUGUUUGCCUCUGCCAUCCCUGCCCUCCUGGUCUUCAUUCUUAUAUUCAUGGAGACACAGAUCACUACGCUGAUUGUGAGCAAGAAGGAGAGGAAGCUGCUGAAAGGCUCUGGCUUCCACCUGGACCUGCUGCUCAUUGGCACUAUGGGGGGGCUUUGUGCGCUCUUCGGGCUGCCCUGGCUGACCGCGGCGACAGUGCGCUCCGUCACCCACGUCAAUGCCCUGACGGUCAUGAGCAAGGCCAUCGCACCAGGAGAGAAGCCCAAGAUUGAGGAGGUGAAGGAGCAGCGUGUGACCGGAGUGCUUAUUGCUGCCCUCGUUGGUCUGUCUAUUGUGAUGGGGAACAUGCUGCGGCAGAUCCCGCUGGCUGUGCUCUUCGGCAUCUUCCUCUACAUGGGGGUUACGUCGCUUACUGGCAUCCAGCUCUACGAGCGGCUGCUCCUGAUCUUCAUGCCAUCCAAGCACCACCCUGACCACAUCUAUGUUGUCAAGGUGAAGACCUGGAGAAUGAAUCUCUUCACCUGCAUUCAACUGGCCUGCAUUGUGCUGCUCUGGGUGGUGAAAUCUACGGUGGCAUCCCUGGCCUUCCCCUUUGUCCUGAUCAUGACAGUGCCAUUGCGACGCUUCGUGCUGCCCCGCUUCUUCCAUGACAGGGAGCUCAAAGCGUUGGACUCGGAGGAUGCGGAGCCGAACUUUGAUGAGGAUGGCCGGGACGAGUACAACGAGCUACACAUGCCUGUGUGAGCUGGGAGCUGCCCUCCCCGCUCAUGGGACAGGCCGCUUGCACCUGCUCAUCCCUCCCAAGGACUAACUGGAGACUUGACGUGAGUCACGCAAUCUCUUGCCUGGACCAACGAAUGGCUGUUCCAUAGCCCCGCAGGAGGCAGCCCCGGCUCCUGCUGCCCCAUCGCUCGCUCAGCAGAGGCUGUGAGUCUCUCUCCUCUUGGACCUGGUGGGCUGAGAGAUGCCUCUCACAUCCUGAAGCUGCGUGGGUCCUGAGUGUCCGUGGGUCAGGGGUCUGCCCUCUCCCUGCUGGAGGAAGCCUGUGCCUGGUCUCCAGGUGGUGAAGGGGAGCCAUGCCAGCUGGUGCCACUGUGUCCCCCUCCGCUACCAUGAAGCUUGGGUGUCUCAGCACCAUGUGCCACCAAGCAGUCACAGGGACGGGCUGUAUGCUGCCUGUGGACGGCCAGUGGGCUUCUUCCAGGCCAGCAGCCUCCUUGCUCAGCUGGUGGAUGCCUUGCUCCUGCUCCCUCUGGCCCCUUCCAGGAGUGCUCACGCUGGGCCUGUGCCACAGCCCCU